AUGCUCCGCGACGAGCUCCUCCGGUCCAAAAAUGAUGAGAUCACACAAUGUUUGCAGUCGCGAAAGAGAAAAUUGAGUGAGCUCUACUUUGCGACCGUAGGGUUUCCAGGCGCGGCCGAGGGAGCGACCGCGGAUUCUCUCUACCAGCAACAGGAACUUCAGUUUCUCGACGCCAAUGAUCUCUCCAAAGGUUACUAUUUCAACGAAGCUACCCUCCCCCCCUUCCCAAAUCUUCCUCAGAAACCAUCCCAGCAAAGCUUUCCUUCCACCGACUCUCCUGCUGUGAGCGUUUCUGUCCCGCAGGAAACCGCGACCGGACCGCUCCCGGUUGAUAAUCGUCCUGGCAGCCAGGAUGCUCAGAGUCGCGCAACAACGAACAAGGCAGAACUACAGAAACCCUCCACUCCUAUACAAAUAGAUGUCGCACCAACCAAUAAAGCUGCCCAGCAAGUUCCUCGCAUUCCUCCAUCACCAUCAAAACCGUCUACGUCGCAAUUGACCCCCGCCGCGACUGGUAAUGCGCCUCAACUCACAGCACCAGGAACUCCAGUUAGCACAGUAGCUGAUGUUUCCACCUCCCCAUCCCAACUUCGACAAAGCCCCAGAGAUAAACCUUCUCAACUACCUUCAGUCGAACAGGCUGUUCCGGCAAAAUCGCAGACCGUUCCAUCGAAACUUGAAGUCAAACAAGAUCGCAAGCCCGCUCUAUCCCUAGGCGCAGUUGCGCAUCUCGAUCAACCUCUUUCUCCAGCUUCAUCUAUCGAGCCCUAUUCCACAAACACCCCUGUCCCUCCUACUGCUUCUUCCGAUACAAGUCCGGAUGAGGCCGAAGAGGCUGAUGACCAUAUCACUGUCUCGGAAAAGUCUGAGGUUGUGCCUAAAGGACAUCCUGCUCCUCAGGAUGCCCCAACGACAACUGUGCCCUCCACCCCUGACGAGCAACUUAGACUUGAGGAGGCCCAAUCUCUUCGGGGUAAUGCGCAGGCUUUGACUGCUAGUGACGCCAUUGGAGACCGUGGUCAACCAGGGAUUACACCAGUUUCAAACCAGGUCAUCAAGGAGGAUGUACAUGUUACGCCAAUAGCUCCGUCAUCCGUUGAUAAAAUAGGUGCCCAGAAAGACUCGAACCUUGCGCCAUCGCACAUAGACAAACGAUUGCCGACCAACGAAGUUUCUUCAGAGAGUAUAGAAAGUCACCCUGUGCCCUCCGUGGAUAUCCCCGCAAACAUCAAAACUGAGCAUCCAGCUUCCGAUUUAUCAGGGUGCGUUUCCAAGAUUUCAUCAACCCCGAUGCAUCCCGCACCUGAGAGGAUGACAACUCGGGUGUCAUCAGGUGCUAUAAGGCAUAAGUCAGUCUCGGAAAUUCUUGGAGAGACUCCCAAAACCCCAAUAUCGCGCACUGAUGGAUUCUUGGGAGAUUCAACGCGCGAGACUCCGAUGUCCGAGUUGGGGACACCUGACACCGCUACCCGAAUCAAACAGAGAAAGGACCGUGAAAAGGAUCGUGUCCGGUUGUCUACUGUGGUGUUCCCGCAAAAGCAAGCCGAAAAACAAGAGUCUUUGGACCUUGUUAGCCAACAUGGAGGCCAAUUGAUAGCUGGGUUGACUGAUGAACAAGAUUACUUAUUGACCCUUUUCCAGAAUAAGGCCUAUUCACCUCCCCGCAGUUCGAACAUAAGUACGCUUUUGGGAUCUGCUCACAAGACUCUGAGUACAUCCAAUCACUUUCUGGAGUACCAAGAACAGAUGGACUGUCGUACUUUACGGCGAAUUUACUCCCUUCAGAACGCCAAUCGGUGGCCACUUCGCCAGAUGAAAAGAUCAGUUGAACCUCAACGCCAGGGCACGCAUUGGGAUGUCUUGCUAGAUCAUAUGAAAUGGUUGCGCACAGACUUUCGAGAAGAGCGCAAAUGGAAAAUCGCAGCCGCCAAGAGCUGUGCUGACUGGUGUGCCGAAUUCAUCAAUAGUGGCUCUGAACAGCGAGCGCAGCUUCGCGUGAAUGCCAAGAUACCAUCUUCGAGACAGCCGGAGAUUGCAGAGACCAAGGAACCUCGUGCCGAGACUACAAUUGCCCCAGAAGAUUUUCUACCUGCUUCUCAGCCUACGCCUGAAUUGGUGCCAUCCGCAGAGGAUGAGUCUGGUAGCGAGGGCUUUGCAGAGGAGCUGCGAACAGAUCUGAAAGACAUGGUUGCUCCUGCAGCCAUGUUUUCGCUCGGAUCUGAUGAAUUCACGUUUUCCCUCGACUUUACCCCAACAUCCGAGAAAUUAUUGGAUGAGCUUCCUAUUUACUCUCCAAUGGGCAUAUCACCGGAAACAUGUUUGCCAAAUUUCAGAUUUCAGCCGGAUACGGAUUGGAAUAUGGAGAUUCUUCCAGUGUCUAAAUAUGCCACAGGCAGGAUUAGCUUUAGCGACGACCUACCACCUCAAAAACGAAGUCGAUAUGACUCUGUUCAAAACAGUAAUCCACCAGAACCCGAAAAUGAGGAUGUUUCUCCUGAUCAGACGAACGUUGCGCUAUUUCGUCCCGAAAAUAAGCACAUUCGGGAUCGCAUCCAUCCUGGUCACUCUUUCCGCCCUCCUACUGAACACCCAAUGCCAUCGGUUGGCUUUUUUGAGUCUAGAAACUCUUCGCAAUGGACUGUCAUGGAAGAUGACGAGCUUCGUCGUUUAGUGAAGGAUUACUCAUACAACUGGUCCCUUAUUUCUAACUGUCUAUCGUCCUCUUCGAUGUUCCCAUCCGCAGCAGAGCGGCGAACACCGUGGGAAUGUUUCGAACGAUGGAUUAGUCUCGAAGGCUUGCCUGCUGAUAUGUCGAAGACUCAGUACUUUCGCGCUUAUCACCAGCGACUCGAGGCAGCUCAGCGUGCUGUUAUGGCACAACAAGCGGCGCAACAGCAGCAAUUGCAACAGCAAGCGGCGCAACAACAAGGAAAUGGAAAUACGGGACAAACACAACCCUUCAUUAGAAAGAGGACAACACAACCUAUGAGAGUAGAACGUCGACGAACUUCGCGCCAUUUGGCUCUCCUAGAAGCCAUGCGCAAACUAGCAAAGAAACGGGAAACAACUCUUCAGAAGCAACAGCAAGCAUCUCACCUUGCUUCCCUGCGGAAGGUUAAUGAAGCGAGUCAGCCCAAGCCACCCAUCACCAACCCAGCUGAAUUCAGUAAGAUGAAGUACGAAAGAGAACAAAAACUCCAGGAGAGACAAGAGCACUACCGCCAACAGAUGAUUGCUCAACAAAGGGCCACCCUAGCUGCCCAACGUGCCGGACAACUCUCAAAUCAGCAAACCACUGCACUGAACGGUGCCAACGGCCGAGCUCCAGGCAAUGUACCUGCCACCGGUUCUCAGCCAAUACCUGGUACCACGUCGAACGCAGUGGCGAGUGGCGUUUCUUCCAAUGCAGUUAUCAACAAUGGUAACGCCAUGCCUAUGCAAGCUAUGCCCAACGGAAGACCUAUGAAUAGCCCUCUACCGCCGAACUCGAUGCCUGUGAAGAUGGUUCCACAGCCAGGCAUGCAACAGCAAAUAGCUGCACGGCCAGGAAUUGCCAUUCAAGGAUCUCCUGAUAACGCGCGCAUCAUGCGGGAGGCUAAUCGAUUGUCGGAGCAACAACGCAUGCUUCAGUCUCGCCAGCAACAAGUCCAGCCGUCCGGACAACAGCAAUUCCAUAAUGCUCAACAGUUCAAUCAGCAAGGAGCCCACUCGCCAAAUGUUAAUGUUCAAGGAAUGAACGGCAAUCCCAGCAACGCAGCGAUGAUUGCCGCUAUGCAGGCUGCAGGUGGAAUGGCCAGUCCGUCUUUUCAUGGCACCAAUGCUCAAGGCAUAUCACCAUCUUCUCCACGAAUGGCUCAACCUCCCCACCUUUCAACCGGCGUCGUUCCAACAAUAACAAACAUCCAAAACCAGAUUCAGAGGAACCACCCGAAUCUAUCGCCUGAGCAAGUGACUAAAUUGGCAACAGAACGUCUUCAUGUAUAUCAACAGCAACAGCAGCGUAUGUCUCAAGCAGCUAUAAACGCUAAUGCCGGAAAUAUGAAUGCCGUGCAGUCCAACUAUCAAAUCUCCCCAGAUUCCAAUUUCCAAGCCAACGGAAAUGCUGGAAUACCGAACUCUCAGGCGCAAUUUUCACCGUUGAUGCGAGUAACUCAGCCCAAUCAACAGAAUCACGUUCCUGUGGGUAGCUCUCCAUCUAUGAAUGGCAGCGUUCUCCCACAGAGCAGAAGUGCUACACCGCAAGCUCAACGCAGUGGAAGCGCAGCUGGCACCAACAAAAGUCCACAUCCUCCUCCGGCCCAAAUGGCUAGCAGUUAA